AUGGCCAGUUCUCCCAGAACCAGCAAGGGCCAGUACCUGCACGGCCCGCAGCAGUUGCGUCUUGAGGAGCGACCAAUGCCCUCUCUCGGCCCGUCUGAUGUGAGAAUCCGCGUCCGGUCAACAACCUUGUGUGGCUCCGACAUGCAUUACUUCAAGUUUGGCAGAAAUGGAUCAAUCGAAGUCAAAGAGCCCUUGUGUGGUGGACACGAAGCAGCGGGUGAGGUGGUGGAAGUUGGCGCGACCGCUCUGGAAACUGGGAAGUUCAAAGUCGGCGACUCGGUGGCAAUAGAGAGUGGUGUUGCAUGUCUGGAAUGCGACAGAUGUAAAGCUGGCCGAUAUAAUAUCUGCGCCAAAAUGCGCUUCCGAAGCAGCGGCGCAUCGUUCCCCCAUUUCCAGGGAACUCUUCAGGAGUUCGUCGACCAUCCCGCUGAGUGGUGUCACAAGUUAUCAACGGCACUCUCAUUUGAUGAUGGUGCUUUGCUGGAGCCCCUGUCCGUCUGUGUUCAUUCUGUCAACAGGGCCGGUAUGAAGCAAGGGGCGCAAUGCUUAGUUCUUGGUGCUGGGGCAGUCGGUCUCCUGUGCGCUGCUGUUGCAAAAAUUGAACAUAAGAGCCCUGUUGUGAUUGCCGAUGUUGACAAAGGCCGGGUUGCAUUCGCCCUGGAACACGGCUUUGCAGACGUAGGAUUCGUGGUUGACCCGAAGAAAGGGGACACUGUUGAAAGCCGUCUUUCCGUUGCGAAGGAUCUGGCCCUUCAGAUUGGCAACCAGCAAUGGCCAGGAGGUGAAGAGGUACGCCAGGUUGACCAUGUUUUUGAGUGUACAGGGGUCGAAAGUUGCGUGCAAACAUCGAUAUAUGCGACUAAAAAUGGCGGAAAUGUUGUGCUUGUGGGAAUGGGAACUGCCAUUCAAACAUGGCCUAUCGCAGAGCUCACGGGUCGUGAGAUCAAUGUGGUAUCAGUGUGGCGCUAUGUGAAUUGCUAUCCUCGAGCAAUCGAGAUCAUGGAGGGUGUGAGAGCCAAUUCUCUCAAACCAGACGUGACGAAACUCAUUACGCAUCAUUUUGUCGGGCUCGAUUCUAUUCCAUCGGCCUAUGACACUGCCGGGAAGACACGAGAUGGAGACUCUAAGUUGGUUAUUAAGACAGUCGUUAAGCUCUGA